AUGGAUGUGCUGGCCAACCACAGCAUCUUUCAAGAGCUGCAGAUAGUCCACGACACCGGCUACUUCUCCGCCAUGCCGUCGUUGGAAGAGAAUUGGCAGCAGACUUGCCUCGAAUUAGAGCGCUACCUUCAGACCGAACCCAAGCGACUAUCCGAACUCUUCGACCAGGACUUGGAUGGCCUCCUCACCCCUGCGUACCUGAAAGAAGACAGCGGCGAGGAAGACCUCUCCGACGGACUUGUUCCAGACUUGCCCAACCUCCCGGAACCCCCCAGCCCUCCUCCGGUCCUCCUCUGCCCCAACCGCAAGUCCCUGAACCCCAAAAGAGACCAGAAACCCAAGAACCACGCAAUGGAGAACGUGGAAGGCCUAGAAGGAGUCCACCAAGCCCAGCUCAGCGCCGUGACUUCGUUGACGCCCCCUUCGUCGCCGGAGCUGGGUAGGCAUCUGGUGAAACCCAACCAGACUUUGACAGCUUCGGCCGACGGGACUUUGACGUUGAAGUUGGUGGCCAGGAAGGUGGGACUGAGCGCUGCGAGGUUAGUGGCAGCCCAGGCUCUCCCGGUGAGGAUAAAAGACGAGGACGAGGGCGGGGCUUGCGUGAUCGGGAUGGGGGAUAUUCCGGAGAACAAGAAGAGGAUUCACCGCUGUCAGUUCAACGGGUGCAGGAAAGUGUACACCAAGAGCUCCCACCUAAAGGCCCACCAGCGAACGCACACAGGUGAGAAGCCGUACAAGUGCUCGUGGGAGGGCUGUGAGUGGAGGUUUGCCCGCAGUGACGAGCUGACCAGGCAUUACCGCAAGCACACCGGGGCCAAGCCUUUCAAAUGCAACCACUGUGACAGGUGUUUUUCGAGGUCGGAUCACUUGGCGUUACACAUGAAGAGGCACAUCUGA